AUCGUCAGAGGGAGACUGGUACAAGUGGCGGAGGAAGCCCCCUCUUCUGUAUCUCUCAAACUUCCCAGCUAACGCUCCCUGAGAAUGGGUGACUGGAGUGCUCUGGGUCGUCUGCUGGACAAGGUCCAGGCUUACUCUACUGCCGGGGGGAAGGUCUGGCUGUCGGUCCUCUUCAUCUUCAGAAUCCUGGUCCUGGGCACUGCGGUGGAGUCAGCCUGGGGAGACGAGCAGUCUGCCUUCAGAUGUAACACCCUGCAGCCUGGUUGUGACAACGUCUGCUAUGACAAAUCUUUCCCCAUCUCCCAUGUUCGCCUGUGGGUCCUCCAGAUCAUCUUUGUGUCGACGCCCACACUCCUCUACCUGGCUCACGUCUUCUAUCUGAACAGGAAGGAGCAGAAACUCAACAGGAAGGAGGAGACGCUUAAAGCCGUGCAAAACGACGGAGGUGAUGUCGACAUCCCUCUGAAGAAAAUUGAGAUGAAAAAGCUUAAGUACGGCAUUGAAGAGCACGGGAAAGUGAAGAUGAAGGGGGCUCUGCUCAGAACCUACAUUGUCAGCAUUUUCUUCAAGUCUAUGUUUGAGGUGGGCUUUCUGCUCAUCCAGUGGUACAUGUAUGGCUUCAGCCUCUCUGCAGUCUACACCUGUGAGAGGUCCCCAUGUCCACAGAAGGUGGAGUGUUUCCUGUCCCGCCCCACAGAGAAGACAGUCUUCAUCAUCUUCAUGCUGGUGGUCUCUCUGGUGUCCCUGCUCCUAAACAUCAUCGAGCUUUUCUAUGUGUUUUUUAAGAGAAUCAAAGAUCGAGUGAAAGGCAAACAGCAGACCACGCUGUUCCCCGGCGGAGGAGGCACCACAAGCCCCACCACCAAGUUCGCCUACUACAACGGCUGUUCCUCCCCGACCGCCCCGCUCACGCCCAUGUCUCCCCCGGGCUACAAGAUGGCCACAGGGGAGCGAGGAACCGGCUCAUGCCGCAAUUAUAAUAAGCAGGCCAAUGAGCAGAACUGGGCCAACUACUCCACAGAGCAGAACCGGCUCGGCCAGAACGGUGGAGGAAGCACUAUUUCAAACUCCCACGCACAAGCCUUUGACUUCCCCGACGACACCCACGAGCAUAAGAAACUGUCCUCGUCAGCAGGACAUGAGCUGCAGCCGCUGGCGCUGAUGGAUGCCAGGCCCUGCAGCCGGGCCAGCAGCCGCAUGAGCAGCCGAGCCAGGCCAGACGACCUGGACGUGUGAGACCAGGUUCCUCCUCCUCCCACCUCUGCCUGGCUGAUGAGACGUGCGGCUGCAGCCAGAGAAUCAGGAAACACUCCAUCACAUAGGUUAAUGUAAGAGGUGGGACUAACCUCAGUCACUGUCUUCAGCAUAGAGACUCUUAGUCGAUCAAAGAGACGUUUAAACUAAUUAUGUAACACUGUCAAAGGUACAAGUUGCAAAUAUUUUUUCAAUGACUUUUACCAUAACUUUUUAGCGGAGCUAACCCAGCUGUAAGAGAACUUAACAGCCAGAAGGACGGAGUCUGAGCGAGGCGCUCCUUAGAACCAGUCACUGACCUGCUCUAGAACCCAGGACCACACUGGUCAAAGUGACUCGUUUGGUUUUCUAGUUCUUCUAGUUUCCGUAGUUUCUGCUCCUCUCUCCUCAACUGACGACAGACCGCUGCCUCAGCUGAGGUCGCUAUGGCGACAGUGACAACAGGGUGCCUUCUCAGCUGGGUCUGUUUAACAGCAGAUACACAUUAACAUCUGGUACAUUCAGGUCUUCUUCCUGUGAUCAGCGAGCACUGCCCUGUCAAAUAAACUAAUACAGUACAGCAAAACCCCCCCCGACGUCCACAUGUCCCAAAUCCAUAAUUCAGCCAAAUGAUCUAAAGCAGGGCAGUUCAUUCUGAUUACAGGCAAUAAUUAGAGCUGCAGCCACGAACAGUUUGGUGUGACAAACCCAAACUCCUAAGGUUAAGGUGACUGAAACUUUGUAAGGUAAUGGUUAAGAAAUAAGAGCUCAGCUCCUGAGAGAGGACUAAACAUGGGUCAGGUACUUUGAACAAACCGGGACGAGCCCUCACUUCAGUCACCUGUGAGACCAACAGCUCGUCUCUGCUGUUUGACGGGCGGUCAGUUGCUCUUACAGUUUGCUUCUGUAAUAAAGCUGAAUUUAUACGUAGGUCUAUAUUAUUAAUACAUUUUUAACUUACAUCCUAACUAUCUUAACCAAGUCCCCACUGUAGACAGAAGUUAGUGACUUACAGGAAAGUGUGGAGGAGAAGCUCAGUGUCAGUUGUAGUGAAUAUUUAUUGCUUGGCCUCUGUAGGACACCCACCACUAAGAGGAAGAAUUGACUACUAUCCAGGAUUUCUCACUCACAGAAAACAUCUUUCGUUAACUCCCCAACAACUGUAUAUUUAUUGACAGUAAAAACAAUUUGUAUUUUUUUUUUUUUUUAAAGUAACUUCGUCAGUCAGUGUGGACUGUUGUUUCCUGAUAAACUUUGAAUUUAUGUGGUCUGAUGUUUUCAUUUUGUGGUUUGAUUUUUCUGUUGUGGUGUGUGUGAGCGCAGCAGUACGCGGGGUCCAUAAAGUAAGAUUUAAUCACUGUCAUCCACUCUUUUUUCAUCCUCUGUGGGCAGUAGAAUGAUGAUCUGUGUUUUACAUAUUGGAGUGAAUGAUUUCCUGGUUCUGUAGGUAAUGUUUUGAUUUCAGAUUCAGAUGUAACCAUUGCUGCUUGAGAAAUAGAUAUUUAGUACUGUAAAUCAAGCUAACUGUGUCACAAUAAAAUGUGAGUUUUUAGAAGACUGCUUAUAGAUCUGGACUAAUAUUUAGUCAGUAAAAUUAAAAUGUAUGCCAAUGUAGCUCCACAACUACCAAACACUAGGAUGAAUCUGGGCUUCUUUUCUUUUUGUUCUCUUUGUUUUCAUUUGUCAAUCGUACAUCAUUUUGUCGGUACUUACAUGUGUCAUGGAUCUUUGGGCUACAGCGGUGUUUGCACUGAGAUCUUGGUGAUAGAGAUGUAAUAUGGUGCACACAGUAAGUGGUAAAAGAGUUUUUCUGAUACACACUACUAAUUUAUUUUAUAACAGAAAUCACUGCAGUGCAUCCCAUCAGACAUCUGACCACUGGUUUCAUUGACUGGUUCUGUGAGAGAUGUCGUCCACUGACAGAACAGGAGCAACAGUCAUAUGUUGUAGUUAUUCAGACAAUGCUAAUCCAUGGGGAUCCACUGUUGUACAGUGUAAGUGCAUGAUAGCAAAACACAAAUCUAUUCAUUGUAUCUGUGAAAAGCUAUUUUAACCAAUAAAUAUUUUUUCUUUCUUAA